AUGGACUCCUCCGCCCCCGCCGACGACGUCGCCGCCCCCGCCAACACCGCCGCCGCCGACGCCGCCGCUGCCCUCGCCGCCCCCGCCAACACCGCCAACACCGCCGCCGCUGACGCCGCCGCUGCUGCUGCUGCUGCCACUGCCGCCGCCGCCCUCGCUGCCGCCCCCGCCCUCCCGCCGCUCCCCCUGCCCCGGCCCGCCCACCGCCGCCGCCCUGCUCGCCAUGCCGCCCGCCUCGCGGGCCUGCACAAGGCUGGCUUCUCGGCCAGUCCAGCGCCAGCUGGAGUUCCGCGCGGGCUACGAGCCCAGCAAGUUCAACCUCGCUGGUAA